GUACCGGAAGACAGGCUAACUGGACUACCUGACAGCUGCUGUUGUGUCGCGUUCACUGGAAGAUAUGCGUUAGCAUAGAAAAAUAUCAGUAUUUGGCAGUUUGUUAGUGUUAAAUUGGCGGUAUUGAGCCAUAUUUUUAAAAGCUUUCCUCAACAUUUCAAGCUUAUGCGAAACAAGAGUCCUGGAGUUUGUUUUGAAUAACUAAUAUUAGCUGUUUGGUGGCCCUGCUGAGGACAGGUAUUGAAUGAAGUUUCAGUGUGUCUGUAGGUGCAAUGGCCAGUCCAAAUGAUCUGCAAUUCCAAGAGUUUGAAGAAGCCGCAGAGCUGCUGGCUGCUGACCCAGGCGCCCCCACACUUAGCAUGUCUGCAUCGAACACCCCCACCUCAACAGCUGGAGCCACAGCAGCAGGAGAGGAUGUGAAACUAGACCUGUCAGAGGAUGAGGAGGCAGAAGAGGAGAGUUCAGAGCUGUUAGGAGGACAGAAACCAGGCGGUGGCUUCUGGACCUUUGAAUACUACCAGUCAUUCUUCAAUGUUGAUACAAUGCAGGUUCUGGACAGACUCAAGGGGUCAGUGAUGCCGUUACCUGGAAGAAACUUCAUCAAACACUACCUUAGAAAUAAUCCAGAUUUAUAUGGACCUUUCUGGAUCUGUGUGACGCUGGUGUUCUCAGUAGCGAUCAGCGGAAACCUGUCCAACUUCAUCCGUGGGAUGAAAGACCCCGACUAUCACUACAGACCCCAGUUCCACAGAGUAACCAUAGCAGCGGCGGUCAUCUUCAUGUACGCCUGGCUGGUGCCGAUUGGUCUGUGGGGUUUCUUAACCUGGAGGCAAGGGAGCGAGAGGCAGAUUGGAGGAUAUUCCUUCCUGGAGACUGUGUGUGUCUACGGCUACUCCCUCUUCAUCUACAUCCCCACAUCAAUUUUGUGGAUCAUACCAUUUGAGUGGCUGCAGUGGACUCUGAUUCUGGUUGCCAUGGUGAUCUCUGGCUCAGUCCUGGUCCUCACGUUCUGGCCCAUCGUCCGUGAAGACACCAAAGUCAUGGCCGUGGCUACCGUGGUAACCAUCGUGGUCUUACACACACUGCUUGCAGUCGGCUGCAAGCUCUACUUCUUUGAGGCAGACGACCCAGGACCUCCAGCCACUACCGCGGCCCCAGUCCACACAACGCUGGUCAUCAAACCCCACUGACCAAUAAAACUAGGAGGGUUGUUGGGACGAGGUCGUUAUAUGAAGAGUGGAUGAACUUUGUGACUGUGAAAUGGCUGUUUGGGAAUCUUUUUUAAUGGAAGGAAGUCGGACGUUCUGUCUGAAAAACUGUUUCUUCUUCACUGACGUUUCUACUGUGAUGCUUCAGGAUGUGGUGCAUCGAAAACAUCAAAGCAGAUCUUAGUUAUUAACAAACAUUCAAAAUCUUUGUCUCAUCAGCUUUCUGAUAGAAAUGCAAUAAUGUUGUUGAUCCUUUAAUUAUUUUCAGCCUCAUAAAAUGUUAGAUGAUCCCAGCUUCUUCUCCAUGGCUGUAAAACGUUUGACAUUCCAGCAGCGCAGCGUCCUGGAAGGGCCUGGAAGGUCCUGGAAGGUCCUGGAAGUCAUGCUGAUGCACCACACCAUCCUCAGAGCUCAGCUUGUACUUACAAAAUCACUUAGCUGCAUUGAUGAUUUAAAUUAUGGAGAAUGUUUAUGUCUAGUCAGCUAUUUAUUCCUUAUUGUUAUGCUACAGAGGUUUUUGUUAAUAAACCUAGAAGGUUUACGCUGUA